UACACCUUUGCAGGAUUUGGCUUUGACAGGGGACAAGCCAGCUGGGGGUGUAACUCCCCCGAGGCGGGAGCCUCUGGCAACCAUCCUCAGCAACCUACAGUGAUCUACCCCCUUAGUCAAAGUACGCCAGAGCCGCCGUCUCCAUCGUACGUCUGCUUUCGGUGUGGCCUCGGGGGUAAGCCAAUUCCCUCAUUUUCUUAACGAACCAAGAGCCAAACUGACGGGGUUGUCACGCCAUCUUCUUCCAGGACAUUUUAUCAAUGCAUGCCCCACGAACAUGAUCCCUAGCUAUGACACCCCGCCGAGGCAGGACUACAGAUGCACGUUAUGUGGCCUGAUAGGAGACCAUCACUUCGCCGUCUGUCCCGAGAACAAGCACCCCAACUCGCUUACGCAACAACGAAAGCGAGCCAAUCUCACAACAAGCUGUAACCUUAAGUCCGCCAUGCGUCUGAAUGGGAAGCAAGCGGGGGACAUUCCGAUGGGCGGCCAAUGCUCGGACGACGUAUUGGCACGUCCAGACAAACAGCUCCAGCCAUCUGGAGCUGAUCAAGCCUUGACACCGGAGGUGCAUAAAGCCGAACCUUAUACCAACCCGGAGAGGCUGCUGUAUCGACAACAGACCACGGACAAGUCCCCGUCCUCCCACUCUGCUGACGAUGACCUUCUGUACAAGCCAAAGAAGAUCGGAGGCCCACUGUUCUCUGGCACUAAUAUCUUACACCUUGGUACCGGAAGGAAACGGGAAAGGGAGGAUGAGGAUAAUGAAGUCGAGAUGGGCCGAACUGAGAACAAAAAGACCCGUAGAGGGAGGCGCAAAAACAACAAACGUCCUCCUCAGAACACUCACCCAAAAGAAGCCAGCCCCCCUUUAUCCAACCAAUUAUCUGUACCGGAGACUCCCAUUUCCAGUCAUGGAAUGGGAACUACCGACGGCCGGCUCUCGCCAUGGUCGCCCUGGGAUGAUCCGGAAUUUGCGACUUCCGUAAGGGGAAGGGGGGGGGCUCAAGCCGCACGACGUAGCACCGCCAGCCCGGGGACCCACGGGCCCGGGGCUGUAGGUCGCGGUGAAGUGGAAAUCACUGAUGAACUGCCCGACUUGGAUGCCCAAGUAGAUUGUUUCCUGGACGACUUGGCCAAGGAUGUUGUACUGGAUGGCGGCCUGGAACCUGCAAGCACCAAGCAGAAGAUACCCUGCAACGAGCUAACUGACACUGCCGUUGGUUCACCGGCCCAUGGUAUGCGGUUCUCCAUCGGUCAUGGGGGUGUCAUGGCUUCUGCUUCUCUGAACGCAGACCAAAUCGACGCUCCCAUGUCCGAUCCCAUGUCCGACAGCUCCGAGCAAGGUAGUUCGACCGGAUGCCCUACCCAGGAUGCCGAUGUUGGCCUCGCAGCAGACGCCACCAGCAGACACGUCAGCUCACGGGGCAGCUCAACGUCCGGCCGUACGCUGGCGCAGGAUUCGUCCUCUGAUGCCUUCGUACUCGACCUCUUUCGGGGCCGGGAACGUCGCCAUAUCCAUCAGGUUAAGCGCAAGUCCGCCGCUGAAAUGUAUGAAGAGGACGAGCAUAUGGAGGCUCCGAAAAGCCUCGAUGAACUGAGGGUGGAAGACCCGGCCUUGAAAGACCGGGGCAUGCAAGACCGCGGUGAAGGCACGCCUCGAGUGUGCCUAGAACCAUGAUCUGGUGAAGAUAUUUCUUUCGUGCGCUUUUCUGCCACGAUCCUUCUCUUGUCAGUGUCCAGCUGGCAAUAGAGACACAUCUCUUCAUCUGCUCGUUAUAG